UGGGGUAAGAAAUAUGUCAGAAUUUUUUUUUGGGAGGUGGAGUAUUUUGUGAAGAGAGUUUUUUUGUGAGAAAAUCAUGCAAAAAGUGCUCUUAUUUACCCAAAUAAUCUACAACCAAUGUCCUUUUGCGGUGUAUUUUGCAUCUGGAGAGACAAAAAGACUGACUACUGUGUAUUUUGGGCGACUUUUCUAAAGUUCUUUUUUGCCUCCAUCACAAAAGUUUCUCCAUUGAUGAAAAAAAAAUCUGCAGCAACUUGGAAGAUUAAAGUUUACUCCCUUUCCAAGCCGUCUGGCUCUGAAUUCCAUCUCAUUUGCUUGCCAAUUAUCCAGGAUUCCAGUGAGGAUUUUGUGUAUUUUGGUGAUUGAAAGUGAUUUGUGCGAGACGGUGGAGCUUGUGGGUGAGAAGUGAGAAAUAAAAGAAAGGAAAAAAAAAACUUCCGGAGAGGCUGCAGAGACGGAACUUUCUUGUCUGACUACAGUGGACUUUGAGUGCCUUUUCUUGUGCUGUGAUCAAAAUAUACGCACACAAGCACACACGCCCCGCCGUGGGCCCCAGUGUGCUCAUUUGAACUCAAAGGGAAGCCCCUUCCUCGGUUAAUUAACGAAGGAAUCCCGCAUCCGGACACUCCCUGUAAAGUGUUCCAGUUUCUCUGUUUUUGGUGCACCCACAGAAAGCAUCUCCAUCCAGUUUAGGAUUUUUCAUCACGGACAGGAAGUGCUUGUGCAAGUGCCCCCUUUUUCCCUUUUUCUGUGUGUGCCUGUGCUUCCAGGAAGUGUCACAGCAGGAAAGGAGAUAAGGGGAGAGUUCGCGACAUGCUCCGUGUGAUGGAGUUAAAUCUCAAAAAAGUUACAAAGUGAAUUCGUUUUGGGAAGUAAAUUCAGAGGAGCACAUGGAUGCGACGCCGCCGCACGAGAACAAACCACCUCCGCCACCUCCGACAACGUCGUCACAUCGCGUCUCAUCGGGAAACGGCUCAGCAGCUGCAUCCCAAAUGAAUGGCGCCGGACCCAGACGACCACAGACGCUCAUGACGCCGCUCGAGCAGCAGAAAUUCAUCGUUUCAGCCCCAUCGCUCACGUUGACGAUCCACAAGGACUCCAAUGGCUAUGGCAUGAAGGUAUCUGGAGAUAAUCCUGUAUUUGUGGAGAGCGUAAAACCCAAUGGAGCGGCUCAAAAGGCGGGACUCAUAGCGUCGGAUAUGAUAUUAAAGGUCAAUGGUACACCGGUUCGAUAUUCAACGCAUACGGACGUCGUUAAAUUAAUUAAAUCAUCAGCCACUGUUGAGUUAACCGUACAGAGAGGACACAAAAUGCAGCGACCGUCGAGUAUUUCCAUGGGACCAUCGACACCACUUGCCCAACGAGGCGGAAUUACUGCUCCAAUUCCUGUAGACCAACAUAAAAUGCGGGAAAUGGAAUUUUCAAAAAUACAAACACUGCAACUUAUGUUGGAUCAGGAAAAGAAGAACUACGAAGCAUUGCGGACGGCUAGCAGCAGUAGUGGUGGUGGUGGCAAUCGGCAAGAUAUGGCACGUUCUGAAGCAAAUAUUCGCAAAUUACAGGAGCAACUGCGUCAAGUCUGCGGAGAGGAUAUGAAUUUGCUGCAUUCACUUCCUGCCCCAGCAGCACUGAAUUUCCCAUCAGCAAUAAUUUCACCACCGCAACAGCAGCAGCAGUCCACACCUGCAUUCCUAUCGCUCUUCCCGCGGUCGCUUUCGUCACUGAGCUUGGGGACACGGAAGAAGCCAAUUGAUCCUGUGAUUGCGCCAAAUAUUCUCGCGAAUAUACAUACGGAAUUUGGGCAGAGGCACGUUGGGGAUGCGGUGGGGGUGCAGCAGCGUAAAAGGGUUGAGGGUAAAGGAGGCAGUAGCCCUCAGAAGGGUGGGGAUACACCGCCACCAUUGCCACAGCGCAACACUCCGCGAAAGGGGUCAGAUGCAAAUGGUGGACGUGGUAGUGCGGAAAGCCCAGAAAUGCGUAGCCCCAUGCAGGUGUCAGAUUUGGAUCAUUCCUCAAGUGGGGGUGGGUCAACGCCCACGCACAGUGGUACACCACCGGGGAAGAGUAAGAAGCGCCCCAAGGCAAAGAUGAAGGCACUAUCGGAUCCCAAAAUGAGCUCACAGAUGCUAAUUCAGGUGGAAAGUGGGGCAAUUGGUUUGUCAAAUGAGCACCCACCACCCCUACCGCCGCGUCAGCACAUUGAUGAGUUGAAUAAAUUGAACAACAAUCGUCCUCUGCCGAAUAGCAUAGAGACCCUGAUGAAUUACCCUCUUAUUGCAACAUGUACACCAGUUAGGGACAAUCUAUCCGCUUUCCCACUUUCACACCGACCAAAUAUUGUACAGCAAUUGCAGCAGCAGCAGCAACAGCAACAGCUGAGUAAUAGCAAUUUCCAACAGCACCACCUUCAUCAUCACCAUCACCAAAAUCUACUAUCUUCUGCUAAUAAAUCUACUGCUCUUGGUUUGACUCCACAGCAGUUGAACCAGUUGAGCGGAAAGCAUCGUCGUGUAAUUUCAUCACCAGAGAAUGUUCACCCCAAUAAGGAUUCGGAGCACUCUGGCGAUCAGCGAAUGAAUAAAUCAACCACAGGGGGAUCAUGGGAUCUUAUGGAGAAGGAUAAUGAGAGAACACCACCAGGUACACCGCCACCGCCGUACCUUUCACCCCAUGGGCACCAACGCGAUGAGACUGCCACGGAUUCGGCUAGUCACGAGAAGGUAGCGAGUCCCGUUGUGUCGCCAACAUUCCAGAAACAACCAAUUUCAGCAGCACAAGCGAAUGUUCUGCAAAAGCCAAUUAUUUCCAUGGAGGAUGACGAAAUAUCCGAUCAGGAGGGUUUCAUUGAGGAGCAUGGGCCAUUUAGGUCGCUGUCGCAAUUGCUGGAACAGGAGAAUUCCUCAUAUCUGGCGGUCUUUCUCAACUUUGUCAUGUCAAAUUCCAAUCCGGCACCAUUGCUCUUCUACCUGAUCACUGGCCUGUAUAAGGAGGGCAGUGUGAAGGAUAUGCGAAAGUGGGCGUAUGAAAUUCAUUCGACAUUUCUUGUGCCACAGGCACCAUUGCUGUGGUCCACAGUUGAUGAAUCACUCGCACGUGAGGUGGAUGAUGUGCUGCAGAAGGAAUACGACAAGGGGGAGAUUUUGAGGAAGAUCUUCUGGAAGAGUCGCCUCAAGGCGAAGGAUUUCAUUAAUACGCAACUUCAGGAGUUCCAAGUGAAACGUACAGCUGGUCUUGGGACCAUCUAUGGGCCAAGUGAUCAACAGCUGCAGGAUGCAAAGGGGGAUAAGACCAAAGAGCAGCGAAUCGUCGAGGAGACACUCAUUCCAAAACUCCAACAACUCGUUGACGAAUUAGAUCGUGAUGCACCAAAUGAAUGCCCUAAGAAGUCUGCUCUCUGUGCUGCACUAUCAACUGUUUUGCAUCGAAUUUUUGUAACACGAAGCAAUCCAAAUAGUCCCAUUGAUAAACUUCAUCAUUUUGUGAGUCGCGAGAAGAGCUUCAAGACACGUUUGAUGGGUAAAAAUAGAAAGGCUUUUGUUCUGGGACAUCUUUUAGUAUUACGUCAGUAUUAUGAGGUGACGCACUGCAAUCAUUGUCAAAAUAUCAUAUGGGGCGUUAGUCCUCAGGGCUAUCACUGCCAACAUUGCGAAUUGAAUAUCCAUCGUGCUUGUUCGCGAAUUCUCGAGGAGCAUUGUCCCGGUCCGGCUCCGCAGAAGCGCAAAGAACCCCACAAUGAUAAUAAAAUCACCAAAUUCAUGGAAAAGAUCCGUCCUACGCAUCAUUUCUUACCAAGUGAUCGCUCCCGUCGACAGGAUGAUGAGAGUGGAGCUGAAGAUACCUUCUGCAUGGAUCGCCCUCUGGGUACAUCUGUGACACGACAACCAUCAGAUAGACGUCCAGACAGUGGUGGUAGCUCCCAUCAUCACCAUCAUUCACAUGGUAGCGUUGGUAGUGCCUCCGGGGGUGUUUCUGCGGAUUUUCAGUCACCUUCUGUUGCGGAUGUUUGUGAAGCUGGUGCACCUGUUGCUGACCGCCCCACACACGAUGGCUCAAAAUCAAAAUCAGCCCCGGUGUCGGUCAAUCGAUCGGAAUCCUACAAAGAGAGAUUAUCACACAAGCGGAAUCGAACAAAUAGGAGGAAGACGUCUGAUCCGAGCUUAACUAAAACCAAUGAUGAGCAGCAGGUGGAAUUGGGACUUACAAACACCAAUUAUCCCGCCAGUUCUAGUUCUAGUCUAUCUUCCAAUAGCCUGGAUAGUCCUAGUAUAUCUUUUGAUGGAGUUGGAGCACCACCAGCUGGUGCUGGAGCUCAUCCUGGAUUAGCUCCUCGCCAGUGGGUUGAGAGUGAAGAUGAAGGUGGUGGGGAUUUGGAGACGGAUUGGAGCUCUAACGUGGCAGCCGAUAUACUCCAUGCUCUAUCGGAUGCGGAGAAGAAGCGUCAGGAAAUUAUAAAUGAAAUUUACCAAACAGAACGCAAUCAUGUGAGAACAUUGAGGCUCUUGGAGGGGAUCUUUAUGCAACCAUUGCAAGAGUCUGGUGUACUAAAUGCUGAACAUCUUCAUUUACUCUUCCCACCGGCGCUAUUGAUACUCAAAGAUUUGCACAGUUCAUUUGAGAUGCAACUAAAGCAGCGACGCAUCGAUUCGGCAUCCCUCGUGGGGGAUAUUGGGGAUUUGCUGCUGGCGAUGUUUGAUGGGAAAUCAGGGGAGGAUCUCAAAGAGAAUGCCGCACAAUUUUGUGCGAGGCAACAAAUUGCAUUGGAGGCGCUCAAGGAGAAACGGCGCAAGGAUGAAAAUCUCCAAAGAUUACUCACCAAAGCGGAGUCGCAUAAAGCAUGUCGGCGUCUCCAGUUGAAGGAUCUCCUUCCGACGGCCCUUCAGCGUCUUACAAAGUAUCCCUUGCUUUUUGAGAGUCUCUACAAAAUUACAGUACGUGUCGCACCGGAUAACACCACGGAAGCCGAUGCCAUCCAGAAGGCACUCGAUAAUUCACGUGAUAUCCUUAAUCACGUGAAUCAGGCUGUGAGAGUGGCAGAAGAUGCCCACAAAUUGCAAACUAUCCAGAAGAAAUUGGAUAAAGCUGCCCACGAUAAGGAGAUUAGUAGUGAAAUUAAGUUACUAAUGCAAAAUCUCGACUUGACACAGCAUAAAUUAAUACACGAUGGUUUGUUGAUAAUGAAGAAGAGUCCAACAACACAACUUCAUGGUUUACUCUUUGAGGAUAUAAUGGUUUUGCUGCAGAAGCAGGAUGAUCGAUAUGUACUGAAAGUUCUUCCAAAUCCCGGGGCAGGAAGUGCAGAGAAUAAGAGCAAGGAGUCAGUAUUUUAUCCCAUUAUUAAGGUUAAUUUAAUCCUUGUACGACAGUCAGCUGUGGAUAAGACAACAUUCUUCCUCAUCAAUACGAGCUUAUCGCAAAUGUUGGAAUUGACAACACCCAGUAGUUCUGAAUGCAAAGGGUGGUUUAAACAUAUCUCAGAUGCAGCUGAAGCAUACAAAGCCCGAACACGCGGGAGUCAUGAUCUUAACACUGAAUUGUCGAGUGGGGGCUCAAAGGAGAAGGAUUCCUUUGAGAUGACACCCGAUAGGAAUGACUUACCCGGUUUGGCGGGAACACCAGGUGAUCAGGUGGCCACGGCAAUUGGGGCAACAACGGUGGACAAGAAGUCUGAGGAUGGUCAACGACGCAAUGAGACAGCGAGGGAGAAGAGAAAAUCCCAGAAGCAGCAACAAAAGCCACAAGAUAUGCGUUUUAAGAGCAAGAAGAAGAAUGAUAGUGAAGAAAGUCGUGAAUCCGGGAAUGAGGAUGAUGAUGGGGACGAGGAGGAGGAUGAUGGUGGGGAGGAGAAGAGAAUUGAAGAUGCAGAUGAGGGGAAAAAGGAUAAAUUCAAUGGAUAUUCCAAUUCCUGCAGUACACGGACACUCACACAGCAGUGCUCCUUGGUGGCACCCAGUGAAGUACAGAUAACCGUCAGUCCAUCCCUGACAGCAGAACCUGUUCUCACACCAGCUGAACGCCUACGACGGUUAGAUGAGUCAAUAAAGGGAAUGCUGGUGGAGAAACAGCAAAUUGUAUGUGAUAUGUUUAGAAUGCCGAGUGAGCACUUUUCAGCAAUUACUGACAUUGCUGGACAACCAGAGGCGCCAAAGAUUGCCUCAUUUCAGGAUCCGAGUGAUUUGGUUUUGGCUGCCUUUGCCCAAGUGCAAUCACUCACGGAGGCGCUCAAUGACUACACGCGUGUGAGUCAAAUUCAAGAGAUAAGUGCUGUAUCAAUGGCGCUAUGUGAUGAUUGUCACAGGACACGGGCAGCUGGUAGGCAGACCCAUCAUCCUGUGUUGCAACGUGAAGAUUCCGUGCAUGAAGAUGAAGAUGGGUAUUGUGAGAUUGUGGAGUUGCAAACAAUUGGUCCACCAGCAAGGUGUGAGCAACAGAUAAAGAGACGUAGCACAAAUUCCAUUCCGGAGGAGACCGAAUCUGAGAUGCGUUCGGAGGCACAGCAGAAGCCAACACCAGUCAUGGGGCAAAUUGAAGUGAAUGAGGCAUAUGUUGGGGGUGGUGCACAUGACGUCGGAAGUGAUAAGGCUAAAAUUGAAUUGGUAGAAACAGAGGGUGGUAUAGCUGAGUUUUGUGGGCCAAAUCGCCUCCUUCAUGCCACAUCGUUAACACCCGCAGUUCCAUGUCAUCUCAUUUCAAGUCACACAACUGCACUCAAUGCACUCGUAUCGCAACUUUUGCCAAAAUUAAAUGAGAGAGAUGUCGAAAGGGAAAUGCUAAGGCGAGAAAAUCAACAUUUGAGAGAACUUAUCAAUUCUCUUCAUGAACGCGAGCGUGUUUCAAUGCAAGAGGAAACGCCACCAAAGGAAGUGGAAGUUGGUAAAAAGUCUACUUCAACAGACAAUGUUGAUAACUAAAUAGAAAAGAAAGCAAAACAUCCGUGGACAACAAGGACAUUUCAUUUACGUGAAUUUCUCGAUUUCUUUCAUUCUCUUUAUUUUCUCUUUCAAAGCAGAUGAAAAAAGAAAAUUAUUGCCACAACUUAUAUAGUAAGAAAAAACAACAUAAAUUAAUAAAAAUUGCACUACAUGUUCAAAAAAAAAUUAUGGGUGUUUAAAAAUGCAUGCUUAAUAUUUGAUUCGGUCUUCUUUGUUUUGGUAAAAUUUUUUGUGGCACUUUGUUGCCUAAUACUGAGGUUUUAGGGAUCAAUCUGUGUAUCGACAGCAAUCAUUGAAAAGUAGAUAACAUAUAGAAAAAAAAUGGCAUGAAAUGUAAAACAAAAAUUAUUGUAGUAAUUGAUGUGCACAGAGGGAGGAUUUUAUGUUGAGAUUGAAAAUGAAAUGAACGAAAGAAGAGUAGAAAAGGAUCACUCCAUUGAUCCCCCUCCUGAUUAGAUUCCUUUUAGAUUAAAUUCCAGUACAAGUUGUGGCAAUAUAUUUGGUAUUAAAAUAAUUUUUUUUCUUUAGAAAAAAAAGUAAAGAAAACCUUUUCUGAAUUUUAAUCGUGAAUUUAAAAAAGAAUAAACACUAUAUAAAUGUCAAAAGAAUUUACAAGAAACUGGUAAAAAACCCAGAAAAUAUAAAUGUUUUAUUGAACAUUGUUCUUAAAUGGAAAAAAAGUCGUUGAAAAAUAUUUAGAAUAAAAACAAAAUAUACAACAGAACAUCAUGAAAGAAAUAUCAAAAAAAUUGUCUUAAUUGAUGAAGAUUAUUAAAAAAAAAUAUAUUGACGUCUUUGUGUAAUUUGAAAUGAAAUAGAAAAUAUUUGUAUAAGGAUUAAUAUUUUAUGACGAAAGAACAUUUUUCGAUGAAUUUAACAAAAAAAAAAGAAAUGAAUGAAAAAGAAAUUAAUUGCCUUAAUUUGCAUAUUAAUAGAAAUUAUAAAAAUUAUUCAAACGCAUCAUGCAAUUGGCUAAAGCGAGCGUAAUUAUAUUAUUGGAAAAAUUUUAUAGGUACUAAUGUGACUUUUUUUAACACAAAAAAAAAGUUUUUGAAUACCUACAAAAUAUAUUUUUAUAUAUUGAACUUAAUGCGGCCUAAAAAUAGUGACGGAUUCGUUUAAUUAUGCAGAAAAAUGGUGAGAAAAAUAUUUAUUCUGAUGAAUCUUUCAGAUUAUCCCAAAAGCUUUUUUUUAUUUUUUUCUCUCUCGUAUUUUAAGUUACAAAAAAGAGUUUAUUCUCUUUUUUUUUCCUUACUAAAAAUCAAACAAAUAAUAUGGUUAUGGUGUGAAGAGACAAAGAAAGCAGGAAGACCAUCCUUUAAAUGAAUCUCGAAUAAAAUAAAGGAGUUUACUCGUUUUUCUUUAGGUGAAACUCCUUAUUCGUGAAAGCAAUCAGGAUCCACGUAAUGUUGUAGAGAAUUUAAAAAAGAAAAAAUCGUCAAAAAUACUUUAACUAUUUACAGCACAAGGAUUAGCUGAGAAAAGCCAAGAAGGAUUUGUUCUAAAAUGCAAACAAUGACGUCAUUAUUACGUUACUUUUUUCGUCGAUUAUUUUUGAAAUGAUAUAUUUAUGCUUCAUGCACAGGAUGAGACAAAAAAUCAAUUUUGUGACGUCAUUAUGUAAAUUUUUGAGCAAAUCUUUACAGACCAUUUCUAGCUGAUUUUAGAGUGGAGAGUGAUGAGAAUUUUUGGUGAUCGUUUACUAUUUUUUGGGGGAGGGGGGGGGAUAAAACACGGGAUUAGAUCUAUACAGAAAACCUUAAUUUUUAAUUAUAACUACGUUUUGGAGACAUAUGCUUCGUUUUUCAGGUACAAAUUAUUUGGGGAUCUCUCGGUCACUUUUUCUCCAAAAUAUUUUGUGCCUGAGGAAGGAGGUAUAAGUCCCCGAAACGUAGUGCCAGUUAAAAGUCGGGAAUUCGUAAAGGUCAAUUUUCGUGUUCUUCUCUCUCAACUUCAAAAGUGACCGAAUUUUAACAUCAAAUUACUUUUUUUUUGGAAAUUCUCUAUUACGCAUAUCCCAGUUGUUUUCUCAAAUGAAAUGUUUUUAUAGAAAGCGAAUAAUCUCCUUUUUUUUGUUUUACAAAAAAUAUUUUUUAGAUCAUAGUUUUAUUUUUUCCAGCAAUUUUCUGCAUAUGAGAAGCCAUCAUACUAAAAA